CAGGGGAAAUGGCAUAUUUAGAGAUUAAAGCAAGAACAAACCAAAAUGUUCCUUACCCAUGUGCAUUCUGUUCCAGAACACCUGUUGCAGCCAUGAUGCCUGUUGCAACUGUGAUGCCUGAUGACACACCGAUGUUUGACCCAAAUAUUCUGCAUGAACUUGACUGGAGCGAGAACACGACGACGUUUUCUCCUGCUAUUUCUCCUUUAGAACCAGGAGAUGGCCUAGUUUUGAGACCACUUUGCACAGCUGAUUUAAAUCGAGGCUUUUUUAAAGUUCUGGGUCAGCUGACUGAAACUGGAGUUGCAAGCCCAGAGCAGUUUAUCAAAACCUUUGAGCACAUGAAGAGAUCUGGAGAUUACUACGUUACUGUCGUAGAAGACACAAAUCUUGGACAGAUUGUUGCUACAGCAACGCUGGUGAUAGAACACAAGUUCACUCACUCCUGUGCAAAGAGAGGAAGGAUAGAAGAUGUUGUCGUAAGCGGGGAGUGCAGAGGAAGGCAGCUUGGUAAACUAUUAACGUCCACCCUGACAUUGCUAAGUAAGAGACUGAACUGUUACAAAAUUACACUUGAGUGUCUGCCAAAAAAUGUUGAUUUCUAUAAGAAGUUUGGCUAUUCAGUAUCUGAAGAAAACUACAUGUUUCAACGGUUCUUUAAUUAAGAACUUCUAGUCUUUUUUUUUUUUUUUAAAGACUGUUGGUGGAGGAGCUUGUGCUACAAACAUUCUCUUCGUGGAAAAUUUAUAUAGUAUUGCUGCAAAUAUUAAUGAUCCCUAUAAAUAAUGAACAUGAAAUGUGUAAAUCCUGGAAAAAAAAUUACUGACAUUUUAGAAGGGUCCUCUGGGUUAGGAAAUAAGCGCUUAGAACUAAUUUUUACUACUGUUCAGUCUAAGUGAAGCUUUUUUGUUCUAGCUGAGUUACAAAGGACUCUUGUUAAAGGGAUGGUUUUUAACCAAAGGUAUAUAUUUUUAUC